AUGCCUUCCCAUCAUCAUUGCGACCCUCAUGCCGGGUUGCCCCGAGUUUGGCUGGGUUGGGGCGAGUUGGGUAACCGCAAGGCUCAACUCCAAACUCAGCAGGACGAAUACUUCGACAGCCAUGCCCCCGAUUUCAGGCUGCGGCACCCAGGCAACCGCCAACGUAGCUGGGAUGUCCACUUGGAUGUGAUUCGCAAGUCAACCCGUUGGAUCGACUGGCGAAUCCACAAGACUGGAGAUACCCAGAGACUUGUUCUUCCUGACUUGGUACGUCUUGAGCAGAUUGACAGCCUUCUUAAUUUCUUUUACACUGGUGACUAUUCCGUUGACGAAGGCGACUUGAAUCAUUACUCUAUUAGUGCCUGCCCAGGUGGUUGCGUGACUUGUCCUCAGAUCUGUCAGCUCUUGCGCAUUCACUUGUCGAUGUUCCAAACUGCCCUUCUCCUUAGAAUUGCCGACCUCCAGGCUAUUGCCUUUCGCAGAUUCCGUGAUCUUAUGGAUACUGCUCCUAGUUUCGUUUUGCAGUAUGCUGUUCACGCAGUGUAUAGUCGGCAGCCUAUCCCUGACGGCAGCAACAACUUCCAAAUCACUGACUUGAAAUCCGUCUCGGACUAUCGCCCUGAGUUGGUGCUUCCCGCAGUUCUUAGGUACUGUGGGUAUUACCGGAUGAAUCCUCAGCACAUUACAAGACAUGGGAAAAAGGUAAGAGUGUUUGGCGAGGCGGAGUUUGCUGAACUACGCAAGAAAAGCCCCAAGUUCAGUGGGGAUCUGGCCCUGGGGAUUUGGCUGGACACUAUUGAUAUCACAGUCCCCACGAUUCAGUUUCCCGGCAAUUCAGAGCCCAUCAUGUCCAUGCAUCCCUAUAUGCAAAUCACACUCCCGCCACAGGUGGUAAACCGCAAACGCUCAAACUACCAAUAUGUUACUUACUUGCAGCCAUUGCCCUUUAAGGAUUUCAGUGACCAGCGACCUUCUAACACACCUUCAUGGAACCCGUCGCCCGAAACUACGUCUACUGGGUUUUUUGCUACCUCACGGACCUCAUCGCAACGUUCGUCACAACGCACACAGACAAGCGCCUCGUUCAACCAGGGCCGUCAGGCUUCCAUGAAGCAGAUCCCAGACUUCCCUCACUUGACUGCAGAGCAGACAAAGGAUUUUAGUUUCCUUGAGGAUGAUUUACUUGAUACCACUAUGGAUCAAAUCAAUGCGCAACUACUGCAAGAAUAUUCUGCAGGUCCAGCAGAUUUGAAUAAUAUUGACUGGACACAGACGAUGGACUGGAGCGGAGCGGAUAUACCAGAUAUUGACUUCAGCGGGCUUCUGAAUGACGAUACCAUGGGUGAGCCAGAUGUGAAUGCAUCGGACUUGACACAGGCAAUGAACUGGACCGACGAGGACUUGGCUAACGUGGACUUCAUCCAGUUUUUGAAUGACGAUAGUUUGGAUAUGAAUAUGGAUUUAGAUAUACCAGAACAGAACACUUUUGAUCUGACAGGUCUACCGGACCUGACCUCUGUUGAUCUAGCGAACCCAACCACUGUUGAUCUCCCAGACCUACCCUCUUUUGAUCUCCCAGACCUACCCUCUUGUGAUCUCCCGGAAAUGAACUCUUUUGACGCAGAACUGAAUGAUUUUGAUAUGGCCGGUCUACCUGAGAUCGACUUUUCUGGACUCACUCAGCAGACUAUGGACGAAUUCCUGAACCAGCCCCAGUACAUGCCGUUCUUCCCUGUAGGAAUGGAUACAUGUGUUGAUGUGCCCCAGGAGAUUACUUUUGCUCCAGAGCCAUUGAACCCAAAACAGAUGGGUACACACCCUGUCGCUUCUAGCCUCAGGUACCCACAGCCAAUCCAGACAGCGUUGCUUCCUGCACAAGCCCCAGCUGAAGGGAAGGCAGUCCAGUCUGCCAAACGCAAAUCCCGUGCAUCAGCUUCGCGCCCGCGUCAAGACUCUACUCAAACCCGAUACAAUUUGAGGAGUCGUCCGAGCGUGAAUGAUUUGACUGAGAAACUCUAG